AUUGGAACGGUCCUUUAGAAAGAAAACUUUUAGAUGAAAUAAUUCUCUUCGUUUUGACAGUGCUGUAUGCAUGAAAUCUUUCUCUCUUUUUUUUGAGGGCAGUUUUAUAUUUUAUUUUUGGUAAACUGUUAAUGAAGGAAUGUGCUUUUCAAUCACCUCCUAUACAUCAAGAGUACACCAAAAGUGCUCAGGUUAGAACGUCUCCAUAGAAGUAUCCAUAAAAGUCAUUGUAACGAAUAUUUAACGAAAUUACAACGAAGAUAUACAAUAACAUGAACUCGAAAUCUUUAAAAGAUUUGUUAAAUGAAACAAACCAACUGAAAGAAACGAAAGGGAUUACUCAAGAAACAAUUCCGCAAUUGGUUCAUGGAUAUGAAUCCUGUCUAGGCUUGGUUCAUAAGGCGCGUCUAUUUUCUAUGAAUGAAGAUAUUGAUGAAGUAAAAACGAGUGAGUUAAGGUACUUAUUAUUGGACUUUGAGCUAGCUAAAUGUAUGGAACAAUGGAUGCAGAAUGAUCGAUUGAAAGUCAUUGAAUACUCAAAAAACCAUUACGAGAGUUUCCUUCGUAUCUGCGAAGGCUACGGGCUAAAGCCAUUACCGGUUUCUUCGUUUACCAAAGAUUCAGACGCCAGAAGCAUUAAAAUAGCAAGGUACAAGCUACGAAAAGAUAUGGAAAAAGAGAUGAGUUCGAUAACGGGAGAAAGUACACAAGAUGAAGAACUAGAGCGUAAGAAGUGGACCAACAAAAUACAAAUGGCAUUGGAAGACACAGUUGACGAUCUUGGACAUGUUGAGAUGGAGAUUCAGAUUUUAAGGAAUUCUGAAAAAGUAUUACAGAGAAAUGAAGAUGAUGAGGAAAAAAAAGAUGAUGAAACACUUAAGAAGGAAGAGCAAAGAAAGCGAGAUCAAAACACUUGGAAACUGGAUAUGCUUACUAAAGACGGCCUUUUGGAUCCCAAAAAUAGACCCAUACAACCAUUUACAAUUGUUUCAGAUAGAAAUACUAAGUCGAAAAAUGUUUUUGGACCUGGUUAUAACUUGCCGACUAUGAGUGUGGAUGAUUAUUUGGACGAAGAAUACAAACGCGGAAAUAUCGUAAGCCAAAAGGAUAAUCCAAAUCAAGAAGAGUUUGAAGAUGAAGAAGAUGAUGAAAUUUCUGAUGCCAAAACUAUGAAAGAACGAUACUGGGAUGAAUAUAAAGAAGCCAAUCCUCGAGGCAGUGGAAACACAAUGGUAAACCGAGGAUAGGAAAAUAGAUCAUUUGAAAGAAAAAGCUUACACUCAUUUCUAUGAGGCUUCUUUCUCUUCUAUAAAAAAAAGGCGACCCUCAAUUAUGCGAUUAACUGUUAUAAUAAGCAUCGCAAUACAAGUUACCUUGAGAAUAUUACGUUGUGAAGCAGUUUUAAAAAUGUUUGUCUAUUCUUUAACUAGACUUUUGAAUCGAGUUAAAACGGUCUUGAUUUUCUCGAUUGUCAAACGAAUACCAUCGUUCAUCUGUUCAUUAGCUCAAAUAAAAUGUUUAAAUUUGAAAAUUUA